ACACCCGAGUGAUACAACAGUGCCAAGUUGACUGACGUGCUCGCCCCUGUAUAUAAGGAGCCUGCAGGUCACCUGUCCGCAGCAUUAUUACACCAUCAGCAUCCAGGCAGCAUCACGGCACCGUGCUCCCGGGCAAGGCCAUGGCAGACACCCUGAGGCGAUUGACUAACAGCGAGAAGGGCAAGCUGCUACAGGACAAGCUGGAGGACUGGUACAAAGACUAUCAUAUUAAUUCUUGCGACCAUAAUCUGAACAUUUGCUGUGAACUGCUUGAGUUGAAUUCGAGGAUCCAGGGACAGCUGUUCACCAUUCUCAAUGUUACAGCCCGGGAAGGUGGUCAGUAUGCAGGCGUGGAAACACUGAAGAGCCGCUUUUUGCCCUGGCUGGGUACCUGCUUCUCUAACGCCUCACCAGGACUGUAUGCUGAUAACAGCUUCUCUCACCUUCAGGUACAGAGCCAGCAAGUGGACAGUGAGGAAUCACUAGAAAGGGACAAAAGACUGAGGGAACUGUCAUCCUCUCAAGAGAAAGAACUGCAGAAACUAGAGACCCAGUUAGCGUCUGCUCGUGUGGAACUUAACUCAGUGAGACAAGACCUGCUUGAAACUCAAAUGGAGCUCGAGGAGACUAAAACUAAAUCGGCGACCACACUCUUGGCCGCAGAGGAGGAGAUACUGCAGAUUAGAGCUGAUUUAAGGAUGGCUCAUGACAAAGCAGAGCUGAGGAAUCUGGACUCGGUGGAAGAUUAUGAACGUCAGAUACGGCUGCUAAAGGAUGAGAUCUCCAUCUUGUCUGCUGAGAAGAGUAUACUGCACGGCAGACUUUCCAGAAGCCGCUCUCCCAGCCCGAUCCGCCACUCCAGCAGAUCAGCCAGCCGCUCAGCCAGCCCAUUUACCAGGAGUGAGUCGCCUACUGGUGCCCAACUUACCAAUGCCUCUCGCCACAGCCGACUAAUAUCCAGGUUUAACGACAUCUAUGCCAACGACCGCCUGGAUGCGCAGAACCUCCUGAGACGUUACAUUGAAGACCUGGAGAUGGUCCAGAGAAUCAUUUUUAUUGCCACUGUGGAAUCUUUCCAUGCUGCCAAGCUGGCAUUCAGACAGUUCAAGCUUCGAGUACGAAAGUCCCUGUCUCCAUCUCACAUGGGCCCCGAAUCUCUGGAAGAUGCUGUGAUUGACUACAUUGUCCGCAACCUGGAUCUCUAUGAUGUCCAAUCCAGUGUUAAUGAGGUGAUAAGCGCCAUGAAUGUCAACCCGAAAAUCUCAUUCCCAGCUGAAAUCGACUUCAUUCUGAUCAGCAGUUUCAUCCGGGAGGUGUGUCGUGUCGCAUUUGCCAUGCAGACCCUCGAAACCCCAUUGGACAUUGCAUUUGGAAUUGAUGGAGAACUCUUUAGUGAAACCAAAUACCGACGUACCUAUGAUUCUGAGCUCACUGCUCCGCUGGUGUUUUACCAUGUGUGGCCCACUCUGAUGGAAAAUGAUCUUGUUGUUUUCAAGGGAGAAGCUGUGACCAAGAGAGGCGCACUGUGGAGCAGCCGCAGGAGCCGAAGUCGGAGCUGCAGUCCUGUGCGAUCUAAAUCAGCCAGCCCAGGCCGGACCUUGACAUCCAGAGGCCGUAGCCCCUCCCCACGAAGAAGCGGGACCCCAAGAUUCUAACGGACUGGUUUUGUGCCUGAAAUCUACACGUCAGGAAUCAGUUGACAUCACUGGUGCUUCAUGUUUUCUCCAGAGUACCUCAGUCCGUCAUUGUUAUAAUGUGAAUGGCUACUGUAUUCAGCAUAAUGAUGUUUGUAUUUAGUGUGUUUUUACAAUUUGUGGUUUUAUUUUAUUUUUUGUAAACUAAUGUACCUUUAUAUUGAUUUUCUUUAAAUUAAAAAGAAAAAUGAAUAAUGUCAGCUUAUACUUACUCAGCUGGGUGCAUUCUCCUCUGGAGAAACUGUUACCAUCCUGUAGUGCUGCACAUCUGCAGCUGAGAGUGUAAGUUGACAUAAUAAAUUGACAGCAAUGCAAAGAAAUUGUGUUUUAGUUAUGAUCACAUGCAGAAAUUGUGUUAUACAAAGGCUGCUACCAAAUCAUGCAAACACCAGAGACUCCCACCACCUGACAUAUUGACUGGAAGAUGGGUUUUAUGUUUCUAACAAUAUGAAAAGACAGUGACACCAUUCUCUCGGGUUCACUAUGACUUACCAACGGACACAGUGCCGACGGUCAUAACCCCGACAGCCAUUGGCAUACAGUCAAAAUACCGACAUUCAUUAUGCCAACAUGUUCAAAAUGCCGACAUAGCCAGACUACCGACAUUUGAAAUGCCGACAUGUCAAAAUACAGACAUGAGUUUUUCUGGGGGGUUUUGGUGUCAAUGUCAACAUAGGUUGACAUGGACACCGUCUAAGUGUAUCGCGUCCCCUCACAUGCGCUCGCCAUGCUUCAGGCACGGUGCCUCGCUAUGCUCAGCACACUAUUAUAUUCCCCCUCCAGGUCCACUGAGAUGGCAAAGUAUGAACAAGUAUGUUUUUGUGCAAAAAUUCCUUAAAAAUGUAUGUCGGCGCUUUGACAUGUCGGCAUGUCAAAUGUGGUAUUUUAACCAUGUCGGCAUAAUAAAUGUCGGUAUUUUGACUGUCGGCCAAUGGCUGUCGGGAUUAUGACCGUCGGUAUUGUGUCCGUCGGUAAAUCAACUGCUACCCCAUUCUCUCACAUGGUAUUUGCAAUGUGGCUUAUAAUAAUUGCAUUUGCCAAUAUAUUGUGCUUCUAUUAUUGUACUGUUUUGUAGAGUUGAACCAGUAUUGCUGAGUGACAUAAUGUUUACAUAAUAACAUCCAAGGAUAUGGAGCCGUCUUAUCCAGAAACAAUGUGGUGUCAUGAAUAGGCUACCUCCUGACUUUCUAAAAAGUACAACAGGGAUGAAAUGAGCCCCAUCCAUAGCACAUCCCAGGCACGUCUCAACCACACCCCUAAUUAGCCUGCCCAUCCACCCAGAUAUUUAUGCAUUCCUGCAAAGCAGAUUUAUGAUAGGCCACGCCCCUUUAGGACUGUCUUGCCAAAAUCAGGACUAUUGGAAGGUAUGGAAUUAUAGGAUACAUUUAUUAUAUCUGGGCUUGUGGUCAUUGGCAGUGACAUUUGGUGGUCAUAAGCUUUUACCCCUGACUGGCUGUCUUUCCAUUCAAAAAAGUGUCAGCCCCUAUAUCACUUUAGAGUGGACCUACAAACAGUGAAAGGCAGCAUUCCCUGGGCUGCGCCAGUAACGUGCGGUGAGGUGAGGCAGAGCCUUUUCUGUCACACUAACGUUUGCACCAGUGUUUUGACUGUAUAAAGCAUGGGUCUUCAACCUGCGGCCCUCCAGCUGCUGUGGAACUACACAUCCCAGCAUGCACUGCCUCAGUUUUAGCAUACCUUAAUAGCAAAACUGCGGCAGGGCAUGCUGGGAUGUGUAGUUUCACAACAGCUGGAGGGCCACAGGUUGAAGACAGAUGGUAUGAAGUAUAUGAAAAAUACAAAGAAUGUUAGAAAUAUCUUCUUUAUAUUAUUCUAAACAUUUUGUAUAGUCAAACCUCUGGAGUAAAAAUUCUAUGACAGGUGAAGCAGUGCCUCACCUGCCGACCUUUUCAGCACUUUUCUGAUCAAAACGAAACAAAUUUCUAGGAGUCUAUACAUCUGCACCUGUGUAUAAUGCCCAAAUGAACCCUUUGGCACAUGUAUUGUGUGUAAAUCUGGCUCUGGUGCUAGCCGGUGCCUCCUCAGCCAUUUACCUCACCACACGUCCCUGGGCUGAACCAACAGGAUUACAGCACAUUCAUUUACUUGUAACACUGUUGGAGCAUAAGUGAUGUCACAAGAUCCUUUCCGGAGUCCAGCGGCGGGCGCUGUGGUUACUGUGAAAAUUGCCGCCAAAAUGGCCGGCGCGCAUGCGCAGUAGCCAAAUUGGUCUCCCGAUCAUGGCGUCGGCAAUGCCGGAGUCUACAGCGCUGUACAGAGAAGGGGGCCCACCUGGAGGUGCACACGGGUCCCCUCCUCUGUUGAAACAGCCCAGGUUAGGGGUAGGGUAAGUUUAGUUGCAGGCACCUGUCAGGAUUUUGGCAGUCAGGAUACUGGUGUCCGUAUUCUGAUCGCCUGCAUCCUGACCGCCGGUUUCCUGUACCCAAUCCAGAUAGAACUACUACUGCUCACAGCUAAGUGAAGCAACCGCUAAGUAUGUUGGAUUUAUUUUGUCCCUCAUGUUUUGAGUCUACUUUUCAAUUGGUUGCACUUAAAAAGAGACACCUCCCAAAAAUAUUCUAUGCUAGUUUCUGGAGUUGCACCAGGACAGUGUUGUAAUGUACUCUCAUACGGUGUCAGACUCCGUAUGACCUUCAUGACAUCCAUUUAUUGCCUGCUCAUUAUGUCUUCUGGUGGAAUACUUAUGAUUUUCAUUACUGUGAGAUUUUGGUGAUUUUGAAUUAUAUGUAAUAUGUUGUGAACUUUUUUGUAUUUUUUUCAUUACACAUUUCAAUAAAUGAAUGACUGUUUCUAAA